UUCUGGAAUUUAUAGAAUUUAUGAAAGAAAUCAACGCGUGAUGAUGUUUCUCGGUGGUGCCCUCGAUAUAUGUGGAAGUGAAGAGAAGAGAUGCGUUUUCCGCCGCGGCUGCCCUGAAGCCGUUACGUUAAAGAUGAGUUCGAACGCCGGACGGAUUACGCGCCACGCGACGACGAUCCAGGCGACGAGUCGAGGGUCGAGGGCCCACCGGACGAGACGCCUUCGAAGAGCCGAGCGCGAGCUCUACGAGAAUGAUGAUGCGACGCUCGUCCGCCUCUCGUCCUCGAUCCACAUCUGGACGUGCUACACGAAGGCCUCUCCACUUUUUGCAAGACCGGGUGGCCUCGAUGAAACCAGUUGGUCACGGAUCAGAUUCAGCAUACCUUGCGACAAGGAGGGAUUAAUCCAAUUUUCGGUCUCUUCCUCGCCGACAUCUAUUGCUUGGCGUCAGGUACUUGCCCAGUGCUCGAGGAGGCGAACAAUGUGCUGCGGAAGGGCAGGCUUAGAUGUUUGCCGUAACGCAACUAUCUGCGUUUCUGGAUCCUUACAAGGUUAUGCCUCAAACGUAAUGCGUUCUGGAUCAACAUCAUAUAUCAAAGCAUGUUCUGACGUCUGCUGUAGAAGAUGACCUGUUGGCGUGGGAGCUAUCUUGAAGAGAAGCAUGGACGUUUUCUUGAUUCUACGACGAAGACGAAGUCAUUGGUAGAUGGAAUCUGCUGCUGAAGUGUCCGUCGGUGGUGCCGUCCGGCCGUUUCUUCUAUGAUAGCAGCAGAAUGGAGUUCAUCAAUUCAUGUCUUGGCUAGUUCGAGAAAUGAUUUACGGGUCACACACAUUAUAAUCUCUCUCUGAUCAGUCUGUAUUUCGGAAGACUAGUCCAUUGCGGAGGAUGGCCUGGUUAGGCAUAAUUGCAAACGCACGCAUGCAUAUCAUCGUUUCGGGAAGCGAGGCUAUUUUCUAUGUACUGGUCGACAUACUUGGAGACUUUGGUCUGUGAUCCGACCAGAAUCUUAUUAGUAAAUAGAGCCAUGUUAACGAGUUUUCUUUUAACUGGUCGUUUGAUGGUACGAAGCUUUUUCCAUGGGAACUACAACAGGAGAAGGGGUUUUUCAUUAAGUGAGUAAAGCUGCUUGUGGAGGUAAAGCUGCUUCAUAGACCUUGGCGUAUGAGCCUUGUUUGUUAUCUGCGCUGUGUAGUUACAUCUGAGUUGUCAGUCAGCGCAACAACUUCGAGAUGAUCUUCAGCAGAGUACGAAAGCAAAGUUUUGUUUCUGAAGAGAAUAGUUGGAAAUGUAAUAAGUAGGUGUUCGACAAGUUUAAUGUAGGAAGGAAACGUCUGAAAUAGCAUGGUUUUCAAAUUUUAAUGGUUGAGAACGUGGCAUAUGCUGAAGGCUCAAUCCAAACUGUUCCAG